CACGCACACUCACUCACUCUCUCUCUACUAAGCCCAGCGUUUAUUUCUCUCACUCCCUCUCUCUUAGCACAGAAGUUAUAGAAUGUAGAGAGAGAGAGAGAGAGAGAGGAAACUUGUUAUGUCUCUCAAAAUGAGAAGGAAGAUGACGAAGCUUCUCCUCAUAUGUACGAUGGCGCUGCUGUUAACAAGCCUUUCCUCCUCCUCUUCUCCCGUUAAUCUAUCUGAUGAAGGGAAGGCUCUGAUGUCCAUCAAAGCGUCGUUCGACAACGUAGCUAAUGUUUUGUUGGACUGGAGUCCCGUCGCCGGCGGUGGUGAUGGCAGCGGUAAUGUUACCGCCGACGACCACUGCUCUUGGAGAGGUGUUUUUUGCGACGGUGUCACCUCUGCUGUUGUUUCGCUGAACCUCUCGAACUUGAACCUUGGAGGAGAGGUUUCUCCUGCUGUUGGGAUGCUGAAGAGCUUGCAGUCCAUAGAUUUGAAGGGUAAUCGGCUUAGCGGGCAGAUCCCAGAUGAGAUUGGGGAUUGUGCUUCUCUAAAAUACGUAGACUUGUCAACAAACUCUCUUUAUGGGGAUAUUCCCUUCUCUCUAUCCAAGCUUAAGCUUCUUGAGGAGUUGUAUCUGAAGAACAACCAGCUGACAGGGCCCAUUCCUUCAACGUUGUCUCAAAUCCCAAAUUUGAAAACAUUGGAUUUAGCACAGAACCAGCUUACUGGUGACAUUCCGAGACUUAUCUAUUGGAAUGAAGUGCUUCAAUACUUAGGUCUGCGUGGUAAUUCUCUAACCGGUACUUUGUCGCCUGAUAUGUGCCAACUGACUGGCUUGUGGUACUUUGAUGUGAGGGGAAAUAAUCUCACAGGACCGAUCCCUGAUAGUAUUGGAAACUGCACUAGUUUUGAAAUCCUGGAUGUAUCUUACAAUGAUAUAACAGGAGAAAUUCCUUACAACAUUGGGUUCCUCCAAGUGGCAACGCUGUCUCUUCAAGGAAAUAGACUAACAGGGAAGAUACCAGAGGUGAUAGGCUUAAUGCAGGCUCUUGCUGUGUUGGAUUUAAGUGAAAAUGAGCUAGUUGGUCCCAUUCCACCCAUUUUUGGUAAUCUUUCUUACACUGGAAAAUUGUACCUUCACGGCAACAAACUUACUGGACCUAUCCCUCCUGAAUUAGGGAACAUGUCAAAGCUUAGCUAUCUACAGCUGAAUGACAACCAGCUAGAGGGUACUAUUCCAGCUGAACUUGGGAUGCUAGAAGAACUAUUUGAAUUGAACCUUGCCAAUAACAACCUUGAGGGCCCAAUACCUCAAAAUAUCAGCUCCUGCACUGCUUUAAACCAAUUUAAUGUGCACGGUAAUCGGUUGAGUGGUUCAAUUCCAUUGGAGUUCCAAAACUUGGAGAGUCUGACAUAUUUGAACUUUUCAUCUAACAAUUUUAAGGGAGAAAUUCCUGUCGAGUUGGGCAAAAUUAUCAAUCUUGAUACUCUGGAUCUCUCUGACAACCAUUUUUCUGGUAAGAUUCCAGAUUCUAUUGGGGACCUUGAACAUCUCCUUAAGCUAAAUUUGAGUGGAAACGAAUUCAGUGGAGUUUUGCCUGCGGAAUUCGGCAAUCUCAGAAGUGUUCAAGUCAUUGAUAUAUCAAACAACAAGCUAUCAGGCACAAUUCCUGAAGAACUUGGUCAGUUGCAAAAUGUUGGCGCUUUGAUUCUGAAUGACAAUAAUCUAUAUGGAGAGAUACCGCCUCAGCUGACGAGUUGUUUCAGUUUAACAUCACUGAACCUCUCAUUCAAUAAUUUCUCAGGGGUUAUUCCUCAGUCGAAGAAUUUUUCAAGGUUUCCACCUGAAAGUUUUCUGGGCAAUCCUAUGUUGUGUGGGAACUGGUUGGGAUCCUCUUGUGGGUUAAAUGUUCACGGAUCAAAAGUUACUAUCUCAAGAAUUGCAAUUGUCUGCAUAAUAUUAGGGUUCCUUACUCUUCUCUCAAUGAUCAUAGUUGCAAUAUAUAAAUCUAAACAGCCAAAUCAGUUCAUGAAAGGGUCAAACAAGACCACACAAUCCCCUCCAAAACUGGUAGUUCUCCAAAUGGACAUGGCCAUUUACACGUACGAAGAUAUAAUGAUGAUUACUGAGAACCUGAGUGAAAAGUAUAUCAUUGGUUAUGGUGCUUCAAGCACUGUAUAUAAAUGUGUAAUGAAGAACUCAAAAGCAAUUGCCAUUAAGAGACUUUACAGCCAUUAUCCUCAUAAUCUGCGUGAAUUUGAGACUGAACUUGAAACAGUUGGCAGCAUUCGGCACAGAAACCUUGUCAGCUUGCAUGGCUACUCCCUUUCUCCUCAUGGAAAUCUUCUCUUUUAUGAUUACAUGGAAAAUGGUUCCCUUUGGGAUCUUCUUCAUGGUCCAUCGAAAAAAGUGAAGCUCGAUUGGGACACCCGUUUGAAUAUAGCAGUCGGUGCAGCUCAGGGCUUAGCUUAUCUUCACCAUGAUUGCAACCCAAGGAUUAUCCACCGAGAUGUCAAGUCCUCAAACAUACUUCUUGAUGAGAAUUUUGAAGCUCACUUGUCUGAUUUUGGCAUUGCCAAGAGCAUUCCUUCUGCCAAGACUCACGCGUCUACCUUUGUUAUGGGCACUAUUGGCUAUAUUGAUCCUGAGUAUGCUCGGACUUCAAGGCUUAAUGAGAAAUCUGAUGUCUACAGUUUUGGGAUUGUUCUUCUUGAGCUAUUAACUGGCAAGAAAGCUGUUGACAACGAGUCCAAUUUGCACCAAUUGAUUCUAUCGAAAGCUGAUGACAACACGGUGAUGGAGGCAGUAGACUCGGAGGUUUCGGUCACCUGCGUGGACCUUGGACUCGUCAGAAAAGCUUUUCAACUUGCUUUGCUGUGCACCAAGAGACAUCCGUCUGAUCGACCCACAAUGCACGAGGUUGCCCGUGUUUUACUAUCUCUAGUACCUGCACCAAGCAUUAAGCCGAGUAUACACCCCACUGAAGGAGUUGCUGACUACUCUUGCUUUCUCUCUGUUACGGAUUCAAAAGACAGCAGCUCAUCUGACGGCAAGUGGUUUCUGAGAUUUGGGGAAGUCAUUUCCAAGAAUACUCUUUGAGUUGGUGAAACUUGUGGAAAUCACUUCCGAAAGAGUACCGUUUACAGUUUUUUGUGAGAUAUGGUUAAGUGGGUAAAAUCCUUAUUUUUCGUUUUCACACAGUGUUGAAUCAUGUAUUUCAUAUAUUAGAGAACUUUAUGAGUUGAUGCACUUCAACAUUGUAUGUCUCUGGAUCACGUGGUAUGGUCUUGUUUGAAGAAUUGGAUCGCUGUGGGAGGUAGGAUCUCGUGAACGCCAUGAAUGAGGACGCAAUUAAUGGCCAUUUGGGCGUAUGUGCGCCUUGAAGAUCGUGGCUGUGUCCUAGCAUUGAAAGGAACUGUGAUUUAUUGUUGCUGGGUCAAUGAUGCGUGCAGUUGGUUAUGGUAUUGUAUGCGCCAUUUAAGUUUGGAGCAUGUAAUGAAUGUUUUUGAUAGUGACUGGACAGCUACCAGAGUUGAGCAGUGCUGUGAGCUGGAAAAGGUGUUCUACCCUAUUUAUGUACGUGUACACCUUGUAGACGUGUAGGUACAUUUUGAAAGUACUUUUUUUUUCCGGUUUUCUUUUUCUUUCUUUUUGUUUGAGCUAGAGAAUCUUUUUAAAAGCUUAGGAAUUUGAGCAGAGCUUUCUUUUUUAUUC